AUGGAGGAUUUUAUUGCUUGGGGUUUGUGGAGUAACUUGGAGGUAGGGUAUUCCUUUUCGGACUCGAUUGGAAGAUCGGGAGGGAUUCUUACUCUUUGGAGGAAGGAUAUGAUGGAAGUUCUUAAUAGCUUUAAAGGAGAAGGCUUCUUAGGGAUAAAGGUAAAGUGGAAGGAGAAUUUUUAUUAUGUUGUGAACAUUUAUUCUUCUUGUGUUCUUCAAAAGAAGAAGGAUUUAUGGGACAAUUUGUUAAAGUUGAAAAGCUCUUUUUCGGAUGGGGAGUGGAUAUUUGGAGGGGAUUUUAAUGCGUCUAAAAAUGUUCAUGAAAGGAAAGGUAGAUCGAUUAGGGAUAUGGAGUCGGGUUCGGAGCUCUUUGCAAAGUUUAUUGUUAAUAGUGGGUUGGUGGACGUUCCUAGCAAAGGAAAAAAAUUUACUUGGUAUAGUGGAGAUGGUAGAUCUAUGAGUCGAAUUGAUCGUUUCCUUGUGUCGAGCAAAAUUAUUAAUGAUUGGGGUGUUGUUGGGCAAUUAGUUGGGGAUCGUGAUAUUUCGGAUCAUUGUCCGGUGUGGUUUGUGGUGGAUAAGCUUAAUUGGGGACCUAAACCGUUUAAAUUCAACAAUGAAUGGUUUACUUUUAGUUCUUUUCUUCCUUUUGUCGAAAAGGAUUGGAAGGAUUUGGUUAUGGAAGGAAGAGGUGAUUAUGUGCUCAAGGAAAAACUUUCCCGGAUUAAAGGUAGAUUGAGAUGGUGGAACAAGACGAUUUUUGGUAGAAUUGAUUUGGAGGUGGAGGAAGGAGUUAGAGAUAUCAAUGAGGGGGAUUCUAGGUUGGAGGAUACGACGAAGGAUUUGAUUGGAGAGUCUCUUUUAGAUAGGCAAGAGGCCAAUAAGAGAUUUUGGUUGAACUUGAGGAUAAAAGAGAUUAUGCUAGUUCAAAAAUCUAGACUUAAAUGGUUAAAUGAAGGUGACUCGAAUAGUGCGUUCUUUCACAAAGUUGUUAAAGAAAGAAGAAGAUUUAAUCAUAUAGGUCCCAUUGUUACUCAAUGA